AUGUUCGGUGGACAGCUGAACUUUGCGAGCGGCUCAGACGAGUGCGGUUGGGACUUGAAGGCCCGGGCCGGUCUCCGCCAUUGGCUGAGUGCUCUGGUGCUUACAACCAAAUAUGCGGCCGUUUUCGACUGGGAUCUCCUGUUCCUGACCAUCUACGAUCAAGAGGGCAAGGAUCUCAUCUAUGGGACGCUCAUCUCUCGCGGGGGGCCCGAUGCAAACAAACUCCGAAAGGCCUACCUCGGCUGGCUGAUGGAAGCGUUCAAUAACGACGGCGACUGCAAACUCGAUAAAAUUCCCGCCGGUGGCUCAGGCAAGGGUGGCUCUGGAGGCACCUCGGGUGGUCCGGGUGGAGACACCUCGGGUGAGGGGGGAGAUGGUGGUCCGGGAGGAUCGGGGGGAGGGUCGGGACCUCCAGGAAAAGACUCCGACAACACCAGGGUGCUUCGGACGAGGAACGACGCUGGUUAUGUCGACGCGAAGAAGGCAGCGGCAGCACCCGGGAAGACGGCAGCACCCGGGAAGACGGCAGCACCCGGGAAGACGGCAGCGCCCCGGCCGGGGAAGCCCACCUCCGCGCACCCCGCGAGGCCUUCCACCCCCACCAGCCGCACCGUCAAGCCAGCCACUGCCACCAACCCCGCGACCACCACUCUGCCGCACAGAAACCUGCAGGGCAACCAAGGCGCGCAGGGAAACCAAGGCGCCAACAACGCCCGCCGGCCGGCCCCGCCCGCGCAGCAACAGCAGCAGCAGCAGCACAAGCAACAGCACAAGCCCGCCCACCCGCCGCAGGGUCAGCCGCCGCCGGCCGGACAAGCCCCGCGGGCCAAGACCAAGGCCGCCCCGCCGCAGACGACGACGACGAGGGCCGCGCCGGUCCAGAAGAAGGCUCCGCCCCGGGCCGCCGCCAGGACGGAGCAGGGCGCCGGGUCGCAAGGUCGCUGA